AUGUUCCGCAAGUGUUACAGUGAGGUGCCUUUUGAGAACUGGGGAUCAACUGUGCACAACCAGCCCAAGUACACCUUUCUCCCUUUGACGGUGCACGGGGUGCAGAACGUAGUGCAGUUCGCGAUCAAGAACAACUUCCGCGUGCGAUGCGCAGGGUACCGGCACAGCUGGAGCUCCAUUUUCUCCCAGGACAACGAGAUCUUCAUUUCGUUUGUGAAUUUGCACACGGUGACGACGCUUCCGGAUCCAAUGUCGAUUAUCCCGGGAGAGUAUAACCCUGCCACUAUUCCAGAGCUCAAGAGCAUCGAUUUGAAAGAAGAGACUGUGCCCGGCAAAAAAAGGCUUUGCCGUAUUGGCGUGGCAGUCACGAAUGAAGAGUUUCGCCGCUGGAGUGUGGGGGGCAAGGCGUGGACGUUUCCGGUUGAUGUCAUCUUGGUCGAAGUUACCAUUGGUGGUGUCAAUGGUCCCAUUUGCCACGGGGCUGGCAUUUCACACAAGACACUCUCGGACUAUGUCCGUCGCGUCGAAUACGUCGAUUGUAAUGGCAACCUGAAGAUGGUGGACGAUGUGGAGGAACUCAAAGCGGCUGCUGGUGCGUUUGGUCUGCUCGGUGUCGUUACCCACAUCACCUUUGAGCUUGACGCGAUGACCUAUGCAGUCAUGAAACCACUCAAGGAAGACGUCGGUCUCGGCGUUCCACCCCUAGACAAGAGCGACAUCCCCGUUGCGCUCAGGAGUGACUGGUAUGACGCACCUGACGCGGAGAAGCAGAUAGCAGCUGCCACUACGGAAUUCGAGAGGAGGGUAGCAAACGACUAUUAUAGCGAAUGGUUUUGGUUCACCUAUCAGAGGAAAGUCUGGACAAACACCUUCAACACUACCGCCGACCCUGCCGGAGCCACCAAUUACCCAGAUGACGCCAAUGUCUUUUUGCAGUGGGUCCAAGGCUGGCUGGGAGGUGUCAUCACCACUAUUCCCUUCUUCAACGCGAUUCCAGGAUACUGGCAGACCCAGCUCAUUGCAUCUCUAGGUAUGGCUGCGUUGCCACCUACGCUGGGCGAAUCCAGAACCCCAACCUACAAGACCCUGCUUCCCAACGCUCUCCAUUUCCGCCGUGGUGUCCAGAACAUGCGCGUGCGCGACCUCGAAAUGCAGCUCCCGCUGCCCGCCCGCUCGGACGACCCGACAAAGCCCGACUUCAGCAUCAUUCAGCGAGCCUGGUGGGACGUCAUCAAGCUCGUCUACCAGGACGCCGAGAAUAAGGGCGAUCCUUCUUCUCCGAUGCGUCUCACGCUCGAAAUGCGCAUCAUGGGCGGCAGCGAUGUGCUCAUGGCGCCGCAAAAGGGCAACGACCUCGGUACGCUGUCCAUCGAGAUCCUCACGCUCCCCGACGCAGUCACGGACAAUGAGUGGCAGGGUUUUGCGCAAAAAGUCGUCAAUUUAUGGAUGAGCUACGGCGGCAACGUGCGACCGCAUUGGGCGAAGGAGUGGGAGCAGUUCUCUUUCAAGGGCAUCGAGGCUAGGAAGUACAUGAAAGAGGUGGCGUACAAGGAGCAGAUUCCGCAGUUUCGAAACGCUUUGGCGUCCAUUGGGAAGAAGCACGGGUGGACGCUAGAUCAGUUGAAGAGCAGGUAUUCGAAUGAGCUGUGGGACAAGUUGGUUUUUGAGUAA